CACAUCUACUCAAUACUAUGUUCUCUCGUUCGAUAUCCUCAUGGGGCCGGCUCCCAUCGCCGGGAUUGAAUCUUCGUCUCUCUGCCCAUACUACUCCGAGAUGCAUGGACACGGGAAGGCGGUUCUUCUCACGCAAUUCAGCUUUACGACAGAAUAUUAACGCUCCCUUCAAUACGCCUCAAUCGCAAAAGCGCAAUGCAUCUACUCUGUAUUAUACGCUGAGUAUAAUUCUCGGCACCGUUGCUCUUGCCUAUGGCUCCGUUCCUUUGUACAAAAUGAUCUGUCAGCAAACUGGCUGGAACGGUCAACCAUCAACCACCCAUCGUGGCGGCGACAAUGACACCGCAUCUCGCGUUAAGCCCGUGACAGACGCACGUCGCCUUAGAAUUACCUUCAACGGAUCGGUGUCGGAUGUCUUGCCCUGGAAGUUCACUCCGCAGCAGCGUGAGGUCCGGGUGCUUCCGGGAGAAACCGCGCUUGCCUUUUUCACAGCUACGAACAAGGGUCCAACCGACAUCAUUGGUGUUGCGACGUACAGUGUGACUCCUGGCCAGGUCGCUCCUUAUUUCAGCAAGAUUCAAUGCUUCUGCUUUGACGAGCAGAAACUGAACGCAGGAGAGUCGGUCGAUAUGCCGGUCUUCUUCUUCAUCGACCCUGACUUCGUCACGGAUCCGGCCAUGAAAGGCAUCGACACUAUUACUUUGUCAUACACUUUCUUCAUCAACAUGGCCUUGCUAGUGGACAAACACCGGCCGCGCUCGCUAGACAAUCUGUCAUAUCAUCCAGAGCUGUCUGCACGACUAAAGUCCCUGGCACAAAGCGGCGACUUCCCACACCUACUCAUCUACGGACCGUCAGGAGCAGGCAAGAAAACACGCACAAUCGCGACCUUGAAAGAACUGUACGGCCCCGGAGUGGAGAAGAUCAAGAUCGACGCCCGAGUCUUCCAGACGACCAGCAACCGCAAACUGGAAUUCAACAUUGUCUCCUCGGUCUACCACCUAGAGAUCACCCCGUCCGAUGUGGGCAACUACGACCGGGUCGUCGUCCAGGAGCUGCUGAAGGAGAUCGCGCAGACGCAGCAGGUCGACCUCUCGGCGAAGCAGCGCUUCAAGGUGGUGGUGAUCAACGAGGCCGAUCACCUGACGCGUGAUGCGCAGGCCGCGCUCCGCCGCACCAUGGAGAAAUACAGCCCCAACCUACGUCUGAUCCUCCUCGCGAACAGCACCUCCAACAUCAUCGCCCCCAUUCGGUCCCGUACCCUGCUGGUCAGGGUCGCGGCGCCCAGCGAGAAGGAUAUCUGUUCGGCGUUGAGAUGGGUGGGUAAGAAGGAGGGGUGGCCCGAGGCCGAUGGGCUGAACCAAAGGAUCGCGAAGGAGAGUGGGCGGAAUCUGCGCCGCGCGCUGCUGAUGUUUGAGGCCAUUUACGCUCAGAAUGAGAAAGUCACGGACAACACGCCGAUCCCACCUCCGGACUGGGAAGCUCUAAUCGCCGUAACUGCAGACGAGAUCCUGGCAGAGCGAUCGCCGGCUCAGUUAUUGCGAGUCCGCGCGCGUCUGUACGAUCUGCUGACGCAUUGUAUACCGGCUACGACCAUCAUCAAGACCUUAACCUUCCAGCUGAUCGCGAAAGUCGACGAUGCUCUCAAGCCCGAUGUCGUUAAAUGGUCGGCAUUCUAUGAGCACAGAAUCACACAGGGCAGCAAAUUGAUCUUCCAUCUCGAAGCAUUCGUUGCCAAGUUUAUGCGUAUUUACGAAAGUUACCUCAUGGGCAUGGAGUUUUAGGGGGGAUAAAGUAUAACAAACAAUGGAUGAUUAAUGAAUUAAUUGUACAAUAACGGGCCAUUACUUCCUGCG